CUGUGUAGGUACCCAAAGAGCAUCACCUUCACGUACAAUGGAGACGAGUAGGAAAUGUGCUGGUAUUUUAGGGAGUUCAAGACUACGAUUGGAAGAACAGUUUCGCUCAUGAUCAAGAUUGUUUUAAUAUUAUACGCUUAUAUUAUGCUGAGAAUCAUGAUGGGUAGGAAAUAACACAUCAAAAAUUGUGAACACAGUUAUAAAAGAUAUUUUGAAUGAUGCUAGCCCAAUCUCCUUGCAGGGGACCAAUUUUUAAUUUGCUUUUUCCGGAUCUGUUAAUGCAGUUCCUGGAUUUUAAUCCACUAAUGA